GGCGGGACGGCCGCUGGGCGCGGCCAUUUUGAACGCAUGAAAAAGAGGGGCCAACGCAGAGGAGUGCCUGUGGCGACCUGUUUGGGCUGGAUCGCUGCACCACGUGGCAGCGGGCUGUUGGGCGGUUGGCUGCCAAGGGAACGGCCACGGUGUAGGGACGGUCGUGCGGGCCGGGCGGCGGCGGAGCUGGCAGGCUGGGGAGGAAUUGCGAGCCGGUCAAGACAUCCUGGAGUUCUGUUAGAUCUGCUAACAUCCCUCUGCAGAAGAGUGCUGGUUUACAUAGUGGUUGCUCAGUUGGGAACCUGGAGGACCUUUCUACGGUGAACACAAGGGCCAGGAGUUCUAAACAUUUAUCAAGUAGAAAAAUGAUUGAUUCCGUCAAAGAAAGAAGACAAUGCAUGGUGGAUUUCUACUCACACUAUGAACAUCUUUGUGCUGUUCAAGGCUCUGUCCCAUUGAAAGCUGUGAAAGUUAGCCUGACUCAGGGUACUCUUGAUCUAACUGUAGAUAGCAUCAAAGCUGCUGACUGGACACCGCUUUUAGAUGCUAUUAGGCAUGAUAAGAAUCUGACUUCUGUUGGAAUAAGAAGUUUUUAUCAACAAGGUCUUGGAGAACCAGGUGCUGAAAGAUAUAAAACCUACUUUAGAAGGAGAAUUCCAGCAAUUAGAUCAAAAGAUUUGACUGGCCAACUAUGCAAAGCUGUCAAAGGCUGUCUCAGCAUCUCAGAUGUACUAAAAAAUUUGGAACUGCAAGGUUUGCUUCUGAGGGAGAGAGAUCUAAUAUUUCUAACAGAGGGCUUGGCCACAACUUCAUCUCUAGAGAGCAUUUCUUUAGCCCACUGUCCAAUUGGAGAUGGAGGAUUAGAAACAGUCUGUCAGUGUGUGAAGAAUUCAGCUACUAUCAGAUAUGUUAACUUCACAGGAUGUAGCCUUACCUGGCGAGGAGCAGAACAUAUGGGAAAUGUAUUAAAGCACCAGGCAAUGAAAAGACAUGGUGAAGCUUGGGCUGAAAGUUUACGUUACAGGAGACCAGACCUUGACUAUAUGACAGGCUUGAGGCGUGUUACUUUCAACUGCAACAUGCUUGUUGGAGAUCGAGGAGCAAGUGCCUUUGCAGAUUGUCUGGGAGAAGACCUGUGGCUUAAAGCACUUGAUUUACAGCAGUGUGGAAUAUCCAAUGAAGGAGCAAGGUCACUAUUAGAUGCUCUUCAAACUAAUACAACAUUAGUGGUUCUUGAUAUAAGAAAAAAUCCACUGAUUGAUCACGUUUUGAUGAAAAACAUCAUUGAAAGAGUUCUCGUGAAUGGAAAUAGUGCUAAUUCAGAGUAUAAGUGGCUGUCUUCCCCGUCUUCCAAAGAUGCUUUGAAAGCUAGACCAAAGAAAAGAACUAUUGUUCUAGGAAGUGGUCGAAAAGGAAAAGCUACUAUUCGUAUUGGAUUAACAUCUAAAAAGUCUGUGAGUCCUGGGAAAAAGAAUACAUCUGUGAAAGACAGUUAUUCACCAAAGCCACUACCACCAGGCACAAAAGGCUUCCUUCCCUGGCGCACUGCGGAACGUGCAAAGAGGUGCAGGGGAGGGCCAGUGGAGAACUCUGAAGAGUUACCGGUGAAGGUUCAGACGGGUAUUCCUGUGAAAGUGACUGUACAAAGUGCUUCAACAUCUGAAACUGAAGAGACUGAAGAUCUAGAAGAUAUUAUCCGUCAUCCUGAUUUGACAAAAUCCCUAGAUAAGGUCUAUGUAACAGAGUAUCAACAAUUCCAGCUGGAGCUGGAAGAAUGCAUGGAAAAACUAAAGGAAGAACGAAGAGCAAGAGGAAUGGCUGAGGAACGGAUAAUGGAGCUGGAAGUUGAAAAUGCAAGGCUGAGGAAUCUAAAUACUUCUCUAUCUGAAGCUCUUCAUGCACAGUCAGUAACCAACAUGAUUUUGGAAGAUGAAGGUGUUCUAGGCAGCAUUGAGAAUUCUUUCCAAAAGUUUCAUGCUUUUUUAGAUCUCCUUAAAGAUGCUGGACUUGGAGAACUUGCUGUAUUAGCUGGGAUAGACCAGUCAGAUUUUGGUCUUUUGGGGCAUCCACAAAUGAAUUCUACUCUCAGUAAACCUGUUAAUAUGCUAAAGGAGAAGUCUUUUGAAGAAGAAAGACAAGAACAUACCCAAAAUAGCAAAAACAGAGAUGGGAACGUCCAACUUUCUCCUCUUUCUCCUGGCACAUCUCCAUCUCAGAUGACUGUGAACUUCUCUGCUCUUAAAGAAAUGCAUGAAUAUCAGACUGCUGUGCAACAGCUGCAGCCAGCCUUAUGGAAAGAAAAUGAUGCUCAAGCAACUAACCAAAGCAAAGAGGAUAUAACUCGAAAUAACACUCCAGCAUUAUCUGAGAGGAGAGUCAAACAGAAUGAACAAGCAAAAGGACAUCAUUCAACAAGGCAGGUGGUUACUAGUCUGAAUGCAUUUACUGAUUCAAGUGUGAAUAAUAAAAAUAAUGGUAGCGGGACAUCCAGUUCUUCUGGUGAAAAAAGCAAAAAUUGUUCCUCAAAGAAAUAUAUCCCUAAAGUGACUGAAACUUUAAUUGCUAAGGAUGGAGAAAGAGGAGAACAAAGUAGACUGCAGAUAGUAGACCGUUCUGGAACUGACAUAGUAGAAACUGCGUCUGAAAUACAAGAAAGUAUAGAAAGUAUUGCCAACACUUGAAAUGUUUGGACUGUUCUUUACAUAUGCAGGAUUAAAAAUAAGUUUUGAAUGCUUCUGUGCGAGUUGAGAAAUUUUCUGUAAAGUAAUGUAGACUUGAAGACUUAGCAUUCCAUGCUGCGUAGUAGUAGUUUUGUUUCAUGUUUGCACCACUUGUCAACAGAUUUGUUUUUUUGAAAUGAAUUAUAUACUGGUACCCUUCACUUUUUACCACUUGAAAAGAAUUUCUUGGAGUAUGGUUUUGUUUAUCAUUGAUCUUUUUAUAGAGUGUAAGUGUUUUGAGCUAAUAAAACAGUUUAAAUUUA